AUGCAAGCUGCUGCUGCUGCUGCUCCCCUGCUUGUUGCCUGUCUCCUCGUGCUGCAGCAGGAUAAGGAAGAGGAGACAACCCGGCAGCUAGCAGCACAAGUGCUGCAGCAGCUGCCGCAGCAGCUAAAAGGCAGCAAACAGCAGAGACUCGAGACACUCGCUCAGCUCCUUGCAUGCCCUGAAAAAACCUUCAGAGAUAUGGCAGCUGAGGCUUUUGCUGCAGAAGUCGAGAGAGAAGGAGGCGGAGCAGCAGAGACAGCAGCAGCGCUGCUGCUGCUGACGGAUUUGUUUAUGGGUCGUCGAGCACUGGAGGGGCCCUUCGCAGCCCCGCAGCAGCAGCAGCAGCAGCAGCAGCAGCAGCAGCAGCAGCAGCUGCAGCUGCAGCAGCAGGAGCAGCAGCAGCAGCAAGGAGUGGUGUAUAAGAAGAAAGAGCUCGACGCCGCAGAGUUCUUUGGCGCUGCUGUUAAGGGAAAGAUGAAAGGAAAGGCAGCAGCAGCAGCAAGUGCAGCAGCAAGCGCAGCAGCAAGUGCAGCAGCAGACAAUGGGGAGGAGUCUGGCGAGCAGCAGCAGCAGCAGCAGCAGCAGCAACUGCAGCAGAAGCUGCGUUCGGAUGAAGAGCGGUCGAUGAUGCUGGGUCAAUACGUGGAGCUGAAGACGAUGCUCUGA